AUGAUCGUCAAACAACACCUCUUUGGUCAAGCAGUUGCGUUUAAUUGGGUUAUUGAAUUUCAAAAACGCGGUUUACCACAUCUACAUAUGUUGGUUACAUUAACUGCUGGCUGUAAGAUAACAACUUCUGAACAUGUUGAUAGGUUAAUAUCAGCAGAGAUCCCGAAUCCUUUAAAUGGUCCUACUUUAUUUGAUAUUGUUACGAGGAAUAUGUUGCAUGGUCCCUGUGGAGAUUGGUGUUUAAUAAACAAUAUCUGCUCAAAAAAAUACCCUAAAAGUUUCAGACAUGAAACAACCAUGGACGAAAAUGGAUAUCCUUAUUAUCGUCGUCGGGAUGAAGGAAUGAUAUUCGAAAGACAUGAUCAUAUAUUCGAUAAUCGACAUGUUGUACCGUAUAAUAAGACUUUAUUAGAAACUUUUAAUUGCCAUAUCAAUGUAGAAGUUGUAUCUUCUGUAAAAGCCGUUAAAUAUUUAUUUAAAGACGUUUACAAAGGCCAUGAUAAAGCGGAAAUAACAAUAAAUGGAAGCAUACCGAAUACUAGACCGGAGCCAAUGAGGGAUCAAAAUCAAACUUCACAAAAUGAUGGUAACAUUCCGCAUACGAGACCAGAGCCAACGAGAGUUCAAAAUGAAACUUCGCAAAAUAAUGUAAAUAGCAGUACCGUAAAAAAUCAUGAUGAAAUUCGUAAUUUUGUUGACGCUCGCUAUGUUGGUCCUGUUGAAGGUGUUUGGCGAACCUUAUCAAAGGAUCUACAAGAUAAAAGUCAUUCCGUCACCCGAUUACCGGUACACUUACCUAAUCAACAAAGUAUCACUAUUACUGAUGAUUGUACCGAUAUCGACCUUCAUGAAGCCAUACAGAAACAAUCUAUGCUAAUUGAUUAUUUUAAAUUAAAUGAACGUGACCCAAAUGCUCAUCAAUAUAUUUACAGUGAUAUUCCUCACCAUUAUGUUUUUAAAAAAGAUAAAGACACAAAAAUUUCAUCUUGGCAACCGCGUAAAAGACAGUUCAAUGUCAUUGGUCGUAUGUAUUCUAUAAGUCCUGCACAAGUAGAAUUAUUUCACCUCCGAUUGUUAUUGCUUCAUAUUAAAGGUGCAACAAGUUUUGAAAAUCUGAGAACAGUUAAUAGAAUUUUAUGUGAUACUUUUAUGUCUGCAUGUUUAGCAGCUGGGCUUAUCGAAGAUGAUCAAGAAUGGAGAAAAACUUUGAUUGAAGCGGUGGUGUGGAUGAUGCCACGACAAUUGCGUUAUUUAUUUGUACGAAUAUUAAUGCAUUGUCAGCCACUCAAACCGGAAGAGUUAUGGAAUGAGUUUAAAGGGCCAUUGUCUGAAGAUUUCAACAGAAAUUUCGAACCAGAAGAAGCACAGAGAAGAGCUUAUAUUCAUAUUAAUUUUAUACUUAAUCGUGAAGGCCACAACGUUCUAAAGUUCUCAAGUAUGCCACAAAUUGAUGAUAUUGAUAAUAUAAUGCCUGAUGAUGAAUUAUUACAAUCCCAAGAACAAGAGGAUCCACAAUUACUCUACAAUAAGCUUAAUGCUCAAAAAAAAGAAAUUGUAGAUCUUGUAGUAGAUUCAUUAAAUAACACUGGUCUUAAUACUCCCUCUCCAAAUUGUAUUUACAUAGACGGGCCUGGUGGUUCUGGAAAAACUUUCAUUUACAAAACGUUGUAUCAAAUACUGACAAACGACAACAAACAAGUUUGUACAAUGGCGUACACUGGUAUCGCAGCAACUCUAUUACCCAAUGGGAAGACUGUACAUAAAACUUUUGGCUUACUUGUUCCGAUGUUUUCUGAUUCAUCCUCAUAUAUAAAACUUAAUUCUAAGCAAGGACAAUAUCUAAAGAAUAUUGACGUAUUUAUUUGGGACGAGGCUCCUAUGUCACCUAGAUACGCUUUAGAAAUAAUUGACCGAACAUUAAGACACAUAAUGGAUAAUGAUAUUCCGUUUGGUGGGAAGUUAGUGAUCUUAGGUGGAGAUUUUCGUCAACUACUUCCCGUACAACCACAUGCUACUCGCAGUGAAACGGUCAAUCUUUCGAUUAAAUUUAGUUUCUUAUGGAAAUACUUUCGGAAAUUUUCGUUAACGCAAAACAUGAGAGCAUUACCAAACGAGAGAGAAUUUAUCGAAUUUUUAUUAAAUAUAGGUGACGGAACUCUCAAUGAUUAUGAUGAUCAAGUUAAUCUUCCUGCCAUGUGCUUUACAUCAACGGAUGAUAAUAUUGUUGAAAAUGUUUAUGGUGCAAUAAUCAGAGCUAGAAGAUUCCGAGGUCUAAGCGACAGUACCUUCGAGACUCUAGGAGUAGCCAAAUUAAAAAUUCUUAAUAUUGAAGUCGAGUUCCAAGUCUGUCGCGAGGAUUUACCAUUCCCUGCAGUGGGAAUCCUGGGAAACAACUUCCUUGAAACCGAAAAGUCUGAAAUUGUUUACGAUAACCAAAUUUAG